AUUUGUUUUAAUUUAUCAUCCGAUUAAUUGAUUUAUUGUUUAUUGUGACAGGCCUACUGACACCUAUGGAUUAGGUACAAAAUGUCACUGAAGUUUAUAUGUGGGUGAAGGCAAACCAGGAGAUACUUUGAAACAAUCUAGUCUAUGAAAGUUUGCUAAAAUAUGAGUUUCAUUAAUUGUAGCUGAUGCACCAGUUUUAACUUUUUGCUUUCCAUCUGCGGGUAUUGUCAGAAGACGAGAAGAGUUCUUUGAACUGACCAAGAACAACCAGUUUGUUUGGGAGGAUGACCAUCACAGGGACCUCCUCAGGUCAAUGCUGAUGACUGCAUGUGACAUCUCUGCCAUCACUAAACCCUGGCCGGUUCAAAAAAGGAUCGCAGAACUUGUGGCCACUGAAUUCUUUGAACAGGGGGACAAAGAGCGUCGGGAACUGAACAUUGAGCCUAUUGAUCUUAUGAAUCGUGAGAAAAGAGAUAAGAUACCCAGCAUGCAGGUUUCCUUCAUUGAUGCCAUUUGUGUUCAGCUAUAUGAGACCUUGGCUGGCUUAUCAGAGCACUGCUGCCCUCUGCUGGAAGGGUGUCAGAAAAACCGGCAGCAUUGGAAGCUUCUGGCUGAGGAUUGUGAGAAAGGCCUGGUCAAUGGCCUGGUGUGAUCCAACUACAGUUUGGCUUCUGGAAAAACUGCUAAUUUCAGGACUGCUUCCUGUGUCUCCCAGACUCACUAAGCAUUCAUAAGAUUAGUAUGAUACUACAAAUAUGUGGACUAUGGGCCUUUAACCAUUUCUGAAAAGGGAAAGCCACCACAAGGUCUCAAAUGUUAUGUGGUUCUCACCAAGCAGUUCUUCCCACAUCUGUCACUGCAAUCAUUCUAUCCUCUCAAAGCUAAACGUUCUGGUGUGUUCCAUUUAUCUUGGAAGUCGGAGCUAAGAUAUGAGAACAUAGGCGUAACUUCCUGAAGGCCUGGUCCCCACCAACAUUUCCUACACAUUUUUCUGUGCCUGCAUAUAUUUGUGGACAUUAACUCAGCAGCAGCUGCGCGCUGUGUACAAAUAUUAACAGCCAGUGGACGACUGCUUUUUAAAAUUUCUUUGUAAAACGUAAAUGGCGAGUCCGUUCAGUGAGCUAGUUGAUAGGACAUCACAAGACUUGCAGUGCUCCACAUGCGCUAUUGGUUUGCGUUGAGCCCAGAAUAUCGGUGGUCGGGGAAAUGACACAGUCAAGCAAAAAUCUGAAAAAAGGACACAGUGUUUUGCUAUUAAUUGAAAACUUUACAACAGCAAGAUAAAGUCCAAGGGAAUCACUUUUCACAUGUCAGUAAAACAUUUUAAUUAAAGAAAGUGGGAGUAGGUUAGUUGCUGUAGCUUAACUUUGACAAACUUAGCAUACCCAAGCUGCAUAGUUCAGUGUGUUUCAGUUCAGUUAGCACAAAAAUAAGGCGACCCACACAUCUACUUUGUGACAGAUUAUCAGUAGAGCAGGUGUUUAAAUUAGCUAAUCAACCACCACAAGUGUUUAGGCAAUUACUUUUUAAUGGUCGCACAGAAAUCUGUAACAGACUAAAAAAAUUACCACACCAAGAAAUACCAAAAGAAAACAUUCAGUCUGUUUUUUUAUGUUAAUUCCUAAUACACUUGAACUUAAUCUUUGAGAUGUUGUUUGACAGUUGCCUUGGCAACGGCUCUGUGUGUGACGUUAAGCUGAGACAGAAUG